UGAAGGCCAUUUUUGUUUUCGAGUUUACAGUUUCAACUGAUAGAAAGAAUCUGCUCAGCAGAGAGCCAGAGACUAAAGAACUAAGAGCCAUGGGAGGAGGAACCAUGCAUAUUGAUUUUCCCAUCAUCCCCAUCAAAUCCUCUUCUUCUAAUACUGAUAAUAAUAAAGUUAUUACUAAUCAUCUUAAUUUUCCGGUUUCAAGCAGUUAUGUUGGAGCUGUUAAACCCUCUUGUUCUGCUUCACAGUGCUACUGUGGGAAUGAGAUUUGCAGGAAGAAGUUCGAGCUUGUUUAUGGACAUGAAGAGAAAAGACCAAGUGGGUCUUUGAUUAGCAGCUCUGUUUUUGGGUCUGUGCCUUCCCAAUUUGAAGUCCAAUCUGCAAUUGCUUCACUUCUGAAUUUUAUACUUGGCGUAAAUUCACCUCAAUCAGAGUUACAGUGGCUUCAGAAAUUGCUGGAUUCUUGUGUUACCAAAAAGUUACUGUCCUAUGGACACAGAAAAGUUUAUGACGCUUUCCAGUUGCUGCAAGCUGAUCCUUCUAUUCAGAGAUUGGUGCUUUCCCUAUCCUCUGAUAAGGCCUUAUGGGAUGCUAUUACCAACAACGAGGUGGUCAAGAAGCUUCAAGAGCCUCCCGGUUCAGGCCUGCCUCAUAAUUCAAACACAGAGCCGGACUUCACUGCCUGCAUCAUCAGGUGGAUUAUGGAGAUGACAAAAGCUAAGGUUAUGGAACUCAUUGAGAAUUUCCAAUCACUUGUGUAUGAUGUGUUUCUACCUCGAGAAACAAAGGGGGAGGAUCAAAAGGUUCGGAGCACGAAUGAGUUUGAAGAAAAGGUUAGAUCUUCGCUGCUUCUUUCAAUUGUGACACUCUUGAUUGUGGUUGUUGCUCGACUCCAAAGGGCGUGA